UUGACUAUUUAUUUUAUUUGAACAACAACAAAAAAUUGUCCCCGACUGGUAGACAGAGAAGGCAACAAUGGCACAUUUAAUCCGAAGCAAGUUUCAAAAUAAACUGUCAGAUGCGGCCACCUCCGUGUCGAAUAAAUCCACGGCGAAGGUGAGCGGCAUGAUGGCCAGGAUGGGCUUCCAGGCCGCCACAGACGAGGAGGGACUUGGCUUCGCCGCAUGCGAUGAUUUGGAUUACGACCACCGGCAAGGACUGCAGAUGGACAUAAUGAAAUCGGAUGAAAUGGGUGGUGGUGACACUGGAGAGGGGAGCGGAGAGGGUGGGAUGGGUGGAGGAGAAGAUGGAAUGGCGGCUGGGGACAGCCACUACCAGAGAGAUGGCACCGGACCUCCGCUCUCCGCUUCCAAAGCCUCAGGUCUGGGAGAAGAAGAAAAAUCCCCGAAAAUCACCGCGUGGGAAGCUGGCUGGAAUGUCACGAAUGCAAUCCAGGGGAUGUUCGUUCUGGGUUUACCAUACGCCAUUCUCCACGGGGGAUACCUCGGACUGUUUCUCAUUAUUUUCGCCGCCGUGGUGUGUUGCUACACGGGGAAAAUCCUCAUCGCCUGCCUGUACGAGGAGGACGAAGACGGCCAACUGGUGCGUGUAAGGGACUCCUACGUGGACAUUGCAAACGCCUGUUGUCAACCGAGGUUUCCAUCUUUAGGUGGCCAUAUCGUGAAUGUAGCCCAGAUCAUCGAGCUGGUGAUGACGUGCAUCCUGUACGUAGUUGUGAGCGGAAACCUGAUGUACAACAGCUUUCCCACCCUCCCCGUCUCACAGAAGUCCUGGGCCAUCAUGGCCACCGCCGCCUUGCUGCCCUGCGCCUUCCUUAAGAACCUCAAGUCCGUGUCAAAGUUCAGUUUGCUGUGCACUAUCGCGCACUUCGUCAUCAAUAUCCUGGUAAUUGCCUACUGCCUCUCUAGAGCGCGCGACUGGGCCUGGGACAAAGUCAAAUUCUACAUCGAUGUGAAGAAGUUCCCCAUUUCUAUUGGAAUCAUCGUGUUCAGUUACACGUCUCAGAUUUUCCUUCCGUCACUCGAGGGGAACAUGGUGAAGCCCAGCGAGUUCCACUGUAUGAUGAACUGGACCCACAUCGCUGCAUGCGUCCUCAAAGGCCUGUUCGCCCUUCUGGCCUACCUGACCUGGGCGGAUGCAACCAAGGAGGUCAUCACCGACAACCUGCCGUCAACCAUCAGGGCUGUUGUGAACCUUUUCUUAGUGGCCAAAGCUUUACUGUCAUACCCAUUGCCAUUCUUCGCUGCGGUUGAAGUAUUGGAGAAAUCCUUUUUCUGCGAACGAGAACGCACAUGGUUCCCGGAUUGCUAUGGAGGCGAUGGAAGACUGAAAGCAUGGGGCCUCACUCUCAGAUGCAGCCUUGUGGUGUUCACGUUGCUCAUGGCCGUUUAUGUACCGCAUUUUGCUCUUCUCAUGGGUCUGACCGGCAGCCUGACGGGCGCGGGGCUUUGCUUUCUGCUCCCCAGCCUCUUCCACCUCAAGCUACUAUGGAGAAAGCUGCUAUGGCACCACGUGUUCUUUGAUGUCGCUAUAUUUGUAAUAGGAGGCAUAUGCGCCAUCUCUGGUUUCAUCCACUCAAUGGAGGGACUAGUAGAAGCUUACAAGUAUGGCAUAGAAGAUUAG